UCCACAGCGCGUGGACAGGUGCGUCAGGUGUUGCGUCAACGCCCCCUUACUAUGACAGGUGCACGUUUCUGCCCGUCCCACUCAGAAGGCAAAGUGAUCUGGAAGCACCACGAGGAUUCCGCUGAACCUCUAUACGCGUCUUCACUGUGAGGAAAAAAAGCUAGCAGAGGCUCGGAGAGAUCAACGAGAACUGCCUCCCUCACUGUUGCAACUGACAGAAAUCCUUUGGGACCAAGUGAAUAUCCUUCAGAAGACUGUCUUAUUAGACCAACAGACACUUGGCGGCGACAGUAACGUCGAGGACAGCAGUGAUCCAGGAAGCUUGUGGCGACACGUGACUCAGAGCCAAGAGUUGACCUCUCACCUCCGAGAGCUUCACAGCAGGACAGAGCAGGAAGUCCGCAACAUCCAUACACACCUGAAAGAAGUUCAAUAGCGGCUGGAGCUCGUGAACUGUGAGCUGAGUGAUUUAGAGGGCCAGAUAAGAGAGGCUGACAGAACCAUACAGAGGCACCCAGGACAGGAUACUGAGUUGCAGCGUGCCAAGCAGGAUCUGCUGCAGGUGUGUAUCUCAGAGAGAGCAGCCCAGGCAGAGAGGCUGAGGUUCCAGGAGCAGGCCCUGACCUCCCUACAGGACAUAUUGAGAGGAGACGCCCUGAGGCACCUAGAGGAGAGCACGAGGCUACAGGAUUUCUACUACAGGGUCGCCAACCAAAACAUGCAGGGGAAGAGUGAACACAAUAACAUGGAUACAUCAGCUGGAGACAGCAGGUCCAGUCCCAGCACCAUAACAGCCCCUGAGGGAGGGAGAGAUUUGGCAAAACCAAACGGCCAAGCCACAGCCAUACCAUCAAACUCUCAAGCAGAAGUUCAGUCUAAGAAGAUGCCAUUUUGCAGAGAAUCCAACCUGACCCGCUCUGGGAGUGUUAAAGACCUAAUUUACAAGUUCUCAGGGUCAGAGAACAAAGAAGCGUCCCCAGCCCAUGAGGAUGGCUUGCCAGUUCCAUGUGCAGGCGGAUCUCUCCCUGAAAAAACUCCCCAGCCAAUCAGGAUGUCUGUAGCCAAGACUGGGACUGGAACCGCCACAGCACUGACAUCCCAGUCGGACACGGCUACAUUAACUCCCGUCUCCCCACAGAGCCCUGCCACGUCCAUUUCUGGCAGCGCCACUGUGACCGACAGGAGCACUGUCCCGUCUGUAAACGUGAUCCCUGCAUACAAACCAGGCCCGAGACAAGGCACCUCCCACGGUGACGCUGUGGCCGGCUCUGGAACGGGUUCGGAAUUAGACUUUGAUCACAGCAAGCAUCCUGAAAGUCCUGCGUUUGAGGACGAACCAUCCCUUUCCGUCAAGGUGCGACAGAACCCCAAAUACCAGCUGUUUCUGUCUGGUGACAUGAUUGGGAACGGAUCCCGGGACACGGAUGAACCGGCGAGGGUGGAGAACGGUUUUGGGAAAGAACCCAGGAACAGCGCCAUCUCCAGACUCAGUCCAAACCACCGUGGCUCCCUGGAGUCUCUGGCCUCACGGGACUGGGACAACAUGUCAGACCGGACGGGAGGAUUCGAGAGUCCUCCCAGAGUGUUUAACAGCCCCUAUACCAUGUCAGUGGACUACAACAGUGUCCUGAACCGGAUGUCAGACUACAAGAUGCAGGAGGGUUUGUCUCGAGCUGCGUCAGAGCUCAACAUUUACAACUGUUACAACAACCGAAGCACCAGUCCUGUGCAGUCGCUGACCCCCACAGGCUCCGCCCCGCGCACACGCUUCUCCACCUUGGACUCCAUCAGGAGGCGCGACCCCCAGGUGAUGCCCAGUCACCUCUCCAUGAGACCCAAUGUGUCGACUUUUACCAUGCCCAACAAGAGAGACUACAUUGAAGAGCUGACCAAACAGAUGGAUACCUGCCAGAAGAGGAACCAGUUCCUGGAGGCACAGAGUGUGGAGAUGGACAACGAACGGAACCAGAUCCGCUUUGAGAUGCGGGGCCUGCUGGUGAAAAACGAAGACCUGCUGAGGACCAACACCACACUACAGGUGGAGAUGAAGAGGAUGAACGAGAGGAUUAUGGAGCUGGAGAGAGACAACACUGCAUUGGUGGAACGGUUUAGAUUAAUGGAGACGGAGCUAAAGGAAGCCAGGGAGGUCAUGGUUGAGGCUAACACCCAGGAGUACGCCUUCAACUUCCUGCAGCAGUCUCUGAAGAACAAGAUAAAAGAUUCUGAGGAGGCGCUGGAGAAGCAGUCCCUCCAAAACCAGGGCCUGUCUGAGAAGCUUUGGCUGGCUGAAAGACAGCUGGAAACGCUCUCGGUGGACAAGGAGGUGCUGGACAAGAAGAACUCCGAGCUCAGCAGCACCGUCAACAGACUGGAGUCUGAGCUGUCAGAGGCUCUUCAGACAAGCACCAGGGCCUCAGCCGAGCUCAGCUUGCAGCAGAAGCUACGUGACGAUGCCCAGCUCAGAGUGGAGGAGCUGGAGGAGAGUCUCUUGGAGAAGAGUCAGGAGCUACAGAGAGCCCAGGAGACCGUCAACCGCCUGCAGGGAGAGGUGUCCGGUAAGCUGAUCGACAAGGAGCGCACCUUGGAGGAGGAGAUCCAGCUGAGGGAGAAGGUCCAGUUGCAGUGGAAGCAAGCUGAGAGGACCGUAGACGACCUGCAGAUGGAGCUCCACACAGCUGCUCAGGCCAAAGAAGACAUGGCCAAGCAACUGAAACAGGCUCAGGAGAAGCUCAUCGAUAUGGAGAGUGACCUGGAGGAGAUGCACGACAGUGAGCAGAGAUGGAGCAGCAAGAACAAACGAGCCCUGGAACAGAUCGAUCAGCUCCAGCUGAAGUUGAUCCAGGAGAAGGAUCUGAAUGACCAUCUGGACUGUGAGAAGGUCAUCCUGGAGAGACAGUUGCGUGAACUACGUCUGGAGGUGGAGGAGCUGCAUAACUCCAGAGUCCAGGAGGACGUGGUCACCAAGGCAGAGAGCCGGGCCAAAGAGCUGGAGAAUGCUCUCAGGGUGGAGGAGAGGAACAAAGUGGUGCUGACCAACACCAUCAGUAAGCUGGAGAGGAAGAUCAAGGAGCUAACUGACCAGUUGGAGGAGGACCACAAGAUGGCCACUGAGCAGAAGGACCAGAUGAACCAACGGAUGCGUUCGCUGAAGCGCCAGCUGAACGAGGUGGAGGAGGAGGCCAGCCGGAGAGACGCCCAGUACCGCCACACCCAGAGGGAGCUGGCCGAGGAGAGGGAGCACAGCAGCCAACUGAAGAGGCAGCUCAUGGACCAAAGCCUCCAGUUCAAGCGCACAGAGUCCACCAGGACAAUGAGACAGACGCUGGAGGACCUGCGUCUGGAUCUCAGUGUGGACGAGGACAGCUACACCGCCGUAUCGUCCACGGCCUCUAAAGCCUGAGGAGAGAGAACCUCCACGGACCCCCUCCACGGACCCCCUCCACGGAUCCCCUCCACGGACCCCCUCCACAGACCCGACUCCCCACAGCCCACAGGGAGUCUGACACACAGUCAGUCCUGCCAGCAAAACUGCACAACUGGUGACAAUAUUAGCAAAACAGCAUCACCAUCACAGUUCCCACACGUUUGGUACGGUUCAGACCUGGUGUGGGAUCUGACCAAGCACACAGCGACAACAUUACCAAAUAACCUAUAUGCAGUAUUGAAAUGUAAUGCAGUGUGUUUUCAAGUUCCAGGUUUCAAAUAAGCUGUAAAGGGGAGGAGUAAAUGAAUUUAUUAUAUAAUAGAUUUAUGGUUUGGGACAUUUUGGGGGUUUUGACAAUAAUUCCUGCCUAUGGCCAAAUUAAUAUUGCACUAUGUAGUUUUAGUGUAGAUAUGACAUUUCUUGUAUCUACCAGGUUGCCUAUGCAUCUACUUUAACAUCCUAUGCUGAGCUGCAAGCGUUGGGAAAAGGGACUUUUACUGUAUUGUGUAUAAGGUUUGGCGCUACAACAUUUAAAAACGUUAAGGCAAUGUUUGCACGUAAGCAAGGAGAUUGUGUUCAUGGUAAAUUACUGUGUCUGUGCAAUUAUUAUAUCAGCUUCUGUUCCAGACAGAGAUGUCUUUCAAGUACAUUCUGGUGUAACUCAUUGUCUCUGCUGAUUUCCCAGCUAGAGUCCUCCACCAGUUACCAAACGGGUCUUCAGCAGGGAGGUCCUGUCUGGAACCUGUUAGCUCAUGGUUUUCUCUAAGCAUUUCUGUAAUGAGGACUGGGGAAGAACUUUCUCCUUGGGACAGGGGAAUGAAGGGAAUCGAGAGUGGAUAGCUGCUGGCACUUCCUCUGAACGUGCAGUUGAUUGGAGAGCUGCUGACUGUUCCUCUGAAAGUGCAGUUGAUUGGAGAGCUGCUGACUGUUCCUCUGAACUUGCAGUUGAUUGGAUAGCUGCUGACUGUUCCUCUGAACUUGCAGUUGAUUGGAUAGCUGCUGACUGUUCCUCUGAACUUGCAGUUGAUUGGAUAGCUGCUGACUGUUCCUCUGAACUUGCAGUUGAUUGGAUAGCUGCUGACUGUUCCUCUGAACUUGCAGUUGUUUGGAUAGCUGCUGACUGUUCCUCUGAAAGUGCAGUUGAUUGGAUAGCUGCUGACUGUUCCUCUGAAAGUGCAGUUGAUUGGAUAGCUGCUGACUGUUCCUCUGAACUUGCAGUUGAUUGGAUAGCUGCUGACUGUUCCUCUGAACUUGCAGUUGAUUGGAUAGCAGCUGACUGUUCCUUUAAACACAGAGCUGAUUGACUGGCUCUUCUCCUGUUUACAGAGUGUGCUUUCCGUUAUUCAGGGACCCCUCAGAGGUUCUGUACACGUGCCCUUUGUCUGAAUCGUGUUCUGUUGGUGCCAGCCCGUUUAAACAUGCAUUGGAAUCCGACCAUGAUCGGACCUCAGAAGGGUAAAUGGCCAUGAUGAGGAUGAAGGAAGCGUGUUAGAACCGGGCCUACAUCCUCAACCUGCUCCCCAUCCCAGGACACUGUACUGUCAUUUUAGAAAUGCUUUGUGUUGGCUCAGUCGGAAAUGCCCUUUAUGAUUGGACUGAGCCGUCUGUUUCUCUUGUUAUGGUGACCCAGUGGCACGUAACACGCAAUAUGAUGGUGUAGGAGAAUGUGAUGGCAUAUUUAAUAUUAGUUUUCUUCAUAAUUUACUGUGUUCUUUUGAAUUCGGUUUGUCAUGUGUUUAUACAUUUAGACUAAGGAUCUGUGUCAUCACUUGGGAUGCAUGCAGUGUAAUUCAGAGGAUUUGUUGUUUCCUUGCUUCAUGCUGGCAAGACCGAAGCUCCUUCAGACUUAUGUUUUUUAAUAUAACUACUUAACUGUAUAUUUGAAAACAAUAUCACUUCUUUUUUAUUCGCUCAAGGGGCCUGGGUAUUUAUUCUACUGUUCAGAUGCUUUAUCUGCCUACAAAUAUGAAUGUUAAUAUUAAAAUAAUUUUUAAAAAGUUU